GCGGAGACGCCGACAGCCUCGCAUGAAGAAAAAAAGAAAAACAAGCAGCUAAAGUAGCGUUAGCUCGCCGCGGCGGUACCUCCAGACCAACAGUUGGCCCGCAGCUGGCUGCCCGGCACCACAACUCCUGGGAAACAACCAAACUAAGUCAGCACGGCCUGUCGGACCUGGUUUCACCCUGAAAAGUCAUGGCGUGCGGAGCCACCCUGAAGAGAACCAUGGAUUUCGAUCCCCUGAUGUGCCCCGCGUCCCCGAAAAGACGGCGCUGCAUCCCGGUGGCCCCGUCCGCGUCUUCCCCGCGGAGGUACCUCAGCAUGGAGCCCUCGCCGUUCGGAGAGUCGUCGUCGAGACUCAGCGCAGAACAAAUCCUGAACAACAUCAAGCAGGAGUACAAACGUAUCCAGAAGAGGAAACAUCUGGAUGGCGGCUACCAACAACCGGAGUGCUGCUAUUCCCCGGAGUCCCCCUCCCAGUUAUCCAUGAACGUAGCCAGCAUGCCAGGGACAUCAGGCGGCGUCUCUCCCAGCAGAAAAGAACAGCCGUUGUUCACCCUCAGACAAGUUGGAAUGAUCUGCGAACGCCUGCUCAAAGAAAGGGAAGACAAGGUGCGGGAGGAGUACGAGGAGACCAUGACUUCAAAACUGGCAGAACAAUACGACACCUUCGUGAAGUUCACACAUGAUCAGCUCAUGCGACGAUUCGGGGAGCAGCCGGCAAGCUAUGUUUCCUGAGUGUGGCACACAGCGUUUGCAAGAAGACUUCCUCCUGCCGCCGCUGCAAGCCGUCACGUGAUACCGAAGAAAAGUUCUCAUCCCAAGAGAUUUAAUUUAGCUAGUUUAAAUGAAACUUUUCUGACUGUGCCAUAUAUCCGUCUUUGGGCGAAGGUUGAUGUGAAGCGGCCGUCGGCACCCGAGCGCGAGCAACUAGGUGCUUCCUGGUGUAAAUUCCUGGAGCCGAUCUCUACGAGUGGCCUCUGUUCCCCCGGCUGGACGUGGCGCUGCAGUUAUCUCACUUUUUGUAUCGAUUCCCAGCAUUCCAGGCUCUGUUAUUUCUGUUACAUGUAAAUACCAGGAGGUGCUGGAGAGUUUCCCCAAGGUCUGCUGGUCAAUCUGAAAGGAAGUGAAACAGGUUGAGUGGUGUGGCUCAGCAGUGCGGUCCCUCAUUUAUUGCUUUUUAAAUUAAACUGAGUUGGUAACUGAUUCUUUUCUUUCUUUCCCCCCUUCUUCCUACCAGUGUCUGUAUUUAUUUUAAAUUCUUUCCCAUCUGGUAUCAGUUUGCAACCAAUGUACUUUAGUGGAGAGAAAAAUAAAUCAAGAGUUGAGAAUC